CGCUUCCCCAGCAGUUGGUGGUUGGCCAGUGUUAGCUGCGUGUGGCCGGCUCCAUUCCUCCUCUUCACAGUGAACCAAAACAUGACGUUUUUCCACUUCGGGAACUGCCUGGCCCUGGCCUAUGGGCCGUAUUUCCUCACAUAUAAGUACUCGGGGAUGCCUGAGUACGGUGCGUUUUGGAAGUGUUGCCAAGCUGGCGGCAUGUACAUGCUCACUCAAUUGUGCAAGAUGCUCUUACUGGCUACGUUCUUUCCAACGUCAGAUGGACCGCCAGAAUCUGCAAGCUUGGCUACCGAAAUCGUGAAAACGACAGUGGACUUUGGGGACGUGAUGGGCCUUAGCAUCGUGAUGGGUCGAGUACCCGGGGCCGGACACAUCAAAAUUUUGAUCACGGGCCUUGGGUGGGCGGCAGCCGACCUUCUCCUAACACGGGCGCUUCCCCUUUGGGUGGGUGCUCGCGGCCUGGAAUUUGACUGGAAAUAUAUUCAGAUCAGCCUUGAUGCUAACAUUAGUCUGGUACACCACUUGAAUAUGGCAUUGCUUGUGUGGCUGUGGUGGCGAAGUGAUCUGGCUGCGGCGGUGCGACCCAUCGUGGCUGUACUGAUAGCGGGAUGUGUGUACAGGCCACUCUUACCACAGUUGUUGGCUAUGCUCUUAGGGUCUCGACCAGUUGGCUUUGCACUUCUGGCUGCUUGUGCAACGCCAACGCUGUGCACGGCCCUUAUUGCCUCUCACAUAUUCAUCACUCACAGUGCAUCCUUUCGCUGAGAGUAUCAUGAGUGAUCAAAUCCACAAGGGCCGUGAUGAGGGUUCAAACUUACAUCCGGGAUGAUCCUAGAUGCUCCUUGGUCGUAUCUUGGCCCGGGCCUUAGCCUGAACAUAAGUUCGAACCCCUCAACACAGCCUUUGUGGAUUUGUUCAUUUGAUGUAUCACGCUAUUGUGAUGUCUGUAUCACAAGUGAUGCUCUUUUCCUUAAGAAUGUAUUCCAUUUGUAUACAGAUAAAUGUUUGAUUAAUCGCAGUUAUGUACCUCAACCUGUCUUGAUAAUAAACAAUAAAAGUA